AGGAAGAGGCAGAGAAAGAGAGAGACAAACUGAGAGGGUCUGCUUCCUUUAGUCUAAGCAAAAGAAAGAAAGGAAGGAGAAAAAAAAAACACGCGUUUGCUUUCACCCCCGCCGACGCCGCAGUAGCUUUUUUUCAGGAAUGAACGCCGAGACGUGCGUCUCAUACUGCGACAUGACAUCCAUGGAUUCGUAUUAUAGCGCGUCCGCGGCGCAGGCUCGGGAUCAGCAAACCAACAUCCCGUUCAGGACAUUCCCAAGCAGCAGCGACACCAAAUACAGCCCGACCUUCCUCAGCAGCAGCAGUAAAGUUCAGGCGUACGGAGAGAAGUCUCGGAGCCCGUUCCAACAGGAAUGCCAGCCACUGGAUGGCACCGAUGGAGAAGGCACCUUUAACAAAUACCACCUCUUCAUGCACAGAUCGUCUUGCAAGACUCCACCAGAAAGCACCAAACUGCACCAGGACAGUCCAGCCAACGGAGGACUCAUCUCCUGCUACGGUAAAGACACCACAGCACUGACUGACUCAGAGCUGCCAGCGAACACCGACCCCACAGGGAUGGAUGGUAGCUACCUCAGUGUGAAGGAUCCAUCAGCUAAGGUUCCUCAAGAGAGACCCAGCUCUGAGCUCGCCUCCCCGCUCGACAAAGGCGAGGGAGAGAGCAACAAGGGCAAGAAGAGGCGCAACCGCACCACCUUCACAAGCUAUCAGCUGGAAGAGUUGGAGAAAGUCUUCCAAAAGACGCACUACCCAGAUGUGUAUGCGCGAGAACAGCUGGCACUCAGGACAGACCUCACAGAGGCUCGAGUCCAGGUGUGGUUCCAGAACCGGCGAGCCAAGUGGAGGAAGAGGGAACGCUUUGGACAGAUGCAGCAGGUCCGAACGCACUUCUCCACCGCCUACGAGCUUCCACUCCUCACACGGCCAGAGAACUACGCUCAGAUCCAGAAUCCCUCAUGGAUCGGAGGCAGCAGCGCAGCGUCCCCGGUGCCAGGCUGCGUCGUUCCGUGUGACUCAGUGACUUCCUGCAUGACCCCUCACCCCCACGCUGCGAGCGGAGUGUCCGAUUUCCUGGGCGUGCCCAGUCCAGGGGGUCACAUGGGACAAAGCCACAUGGGCAGUCUGUUCGGGAGUCCAGGCAUGAGCACCGGCAUCAACGGAUACGAUCUGAACAUGGACCCUGACCGGAAGUCUUCUAGCAUCGCUGCUCUGCGCAUGAAGGCCAAGGAACACAGUGCAGCCAUCUCCUGGGCCACAUGAUCGCCUAGACUCACCAGCAUGUCGCUUGUAGUGUUCUUUAACAAAGCAGUGAGAGAAACAAGACGACGAAGAGGACAAGAUUAAAAAAAAAAAAAAAAAAGCAAGCGUGGGUGAGCAACCAUGAUGCCAUGAUGUGUGGCAAAGGACAAAGACGGUGAGGAAGUGGACUGACUCAGAGAACAUUUUGAUAUAAAAACAAAACCUGUGAAGGAAUAACCUGAGAUCACUCUAAUAAUCUGAGAAACGAGAAUUAACCAAAGCGAGUUGUGAUUCCUCGAUGAAGGAUUUGUAGCUUCUGGGAUAAAAUAAAGUUAAAGUAAAAGCAAACCCUGCACUAAUCAGAUGAACCUGUACAUCCUAAAGAUACAGAAACAGAACCAGGCCAGAGAGUAUUAACACUUUUACUACUUUAUUGAUUAAACUCCAAAACUGAGGACCGUCAAGAACACAUACACACUUAAAUCUGCAUGAUAAGGAAACAGAGACAGUCUAAACCGUUACCUUUGGCAAAAUUAACAUUUACAAACCAUUCUACAUUGCACUGAAAUUAUAUAUUUUUUUAAAUACAUAAUAGCAGCGCGUUCGUCAUGCAGUGAGUCCUGAGAUCAUACGCAGUCUGUGCUGGUGAGAGAGUGAGCCUGGACAUACAGGUCCCUGAGAAGCCUGAGACAAAGGUGUGGAUGAAAAGCCGGCUUUAUGUUUUAUGACUUUCAACCCGACAAAAAUCACACACCAUAAAAGAAUUGACUUGAGGGCUUUAAGAACUCAUGAUCACACGAACGGGGGAAAAAAUAAAGCAAUUUGCAGAAA